ACUUGUAUUAAAAGCAUUUUUUGUUUCGCUUAAGUCUGCAUAUAAAACAGCUGAUUAUAUGUAGAUCAAGCCAACCAGUCGAUUCAAUUUUCCAUAGUUCUUAUUCUUACUUUUAGGUAGACGAAGUCGAUCUUCAAUAACUUCCAAGAUGAGCUCCAGGCGAGUACUGCAGGUUGUGACACGCCAGUUCUCCACGUCGCUGCGUCGUACAGCCGAUGAAGUCCACCCGAAGUACAAAGAACUGUUCACCAAACAAGAGCAAUUCCAGAAGCCAGAUGGCAAGCCCGUACAUCUCAAGGGAGGUGGUCUUGAUGGAUUUAUGUACAGAGGCACAAUGGGCUUGUGUGUCGUAGCUCUUGUAUGUAACUUUGCCCUUUACUACAAUCUCAGCUUCAAGAAAUAAACAUUCAUGGCAUUAGAUAUAAAAUAGAAACAAUUAUUGUAUUGUAUUUGUUACUUAUAACUAAAAUUGUAAGGCUUAAAUAAAACUGGUUACACAACCUUAAA